GAAAAGAAAAAGAAAAGGUUAGAAGAAAAAGGGUUGGUCAAUCCAUUCAAGUAUAGAAUGUUUGACCCACUACAUUACAUAGGAUUUUGCCAUUUUAUUUCAACAACCAUAUAAGUUUCAGGUCAGACAUACCCAACCCACCAUCUUCAAAAUCCAGAUAAGCCUGCUAAUAAAAGCAAUAAAGCCAUAUACAUACAUACAUACACAGUUGAACUUGCUCCAAAAUCUCACAGAUGAACAUACACAACACGUGCACUAACUUCUUCAUAUCCUGCAUCAUCCUCCUAUCCAAACAAUCCUGGGCUGCCCACUAUCAAUACGAGGCAUGCGGGCCCAUAAAUUGCGGCGACGGCCCGAACGUCAGCUUCCCGUUCUAUAUCCCGGGCCGGCAAGAAUCCUACUGUGGGUACCCCGGAUUCGAGCUGAACUGCAGCCGAGAGGGUCUCCCUGUCCUUAAAUUUUCCGAUAACGAUUACAUUUUGGACCGAAUCUUCUACCGAAAUCGGUCGCUCCAUGCUUAUAACAGCGCCGUUUUGAUGCCCGAAAGCAGCAUCUGUCGCCUGAGAAUCGAGAACACGACUCUCCCCCCGGCCCGAUUCAAUUACGUUGGUGCUACGGACCUUUAUCUGUUUUCGGGCUGCCGUAGGCCCGUGCCGGAGGCUUUGGUGAGGUACAACGUUGCUGGUGGCUGCGAAGGAGGGCAUAUUUGGGAUUUGGCCAUUUAUGAAGGGGAUUCGAAUUUGGGGACUGCUUUGGAGAUUUGUGAGAGGAACGUGGUUGCCCCUGUGGGCGAGGGUAUAAGUGGAAUUUCGAAUAUUCCGGCAGUGUUGAGGAGCGGAUUUGUGCUGAAUUGGAUGGCGAGCGAUUGCAAUGAUUGUGCAGAUAGCGGCGGCCAUUGUGGGUUUAAUAUCACCAAUUUCCAUUUUAGGUGCUUUUGUCCUGAUAGGCCUCAUUCCAGGAGUUGCAAGCCUGGUUGUUCAGUCAUCCAUGUUCUUCUUAACUCCACCAGGAAUGCGAAUAAUCUUAUGGAUCUGUUGAGUGAUGAAUUUUUUAUAGAGUGGAAUGUUUAUAAAGAUUGUCACAAUGGAGGCGGCAAAUGCCUUACUAAUCAUAUGAUUCACUACCAUUGUUAUAGAGAUGAUAAUCGAAGAAGGGUGCUGACAAUAUCUAUUGCUUCUGGAGGAGGAUUCUUACUCGUGAUGAGCUUUGCGCUCUAUAUAUUAUGUCAACGACGCAAGAAGAGGAUGAACGAGGACUACCUCUUCUCGAGGAAUUCAUCUUUCGAUCCAUCCUCUAAAUCAGACAUAGAGGCCGGCGAAAGCUUCUACUUUGGUAUCCCAAUUUUCUCCUACAAAGAACUCGAAGAAGCCACCAAUAACUUCAAUCCCUCCAAGGAACUCGGGGACGGUGGUUUUGGCACUGUUUACUACGGCAAGCUCCGUGACGGGAGAGAAGUGGCCGUAAAGCGUAUGUACGAGAACAACUACCGUCGAGUUGAGCAGUUCAUGAACGAGAUAAAAAUCCUCACAACUCUCCGCCACCAAAACCUCGUCUCCCUCUACGGUUGCACUUCCCGCCGCAGCCGCGAGCUCCUCCUCGUCUACGAGUACGUCCCCAACUCCACCCUCGCCGACCACCUCCACGGCCACCGGGCCCUCGACUCCUUCCUCCCUUGGCCCGCUCGCAUGCGCAUCGCCUUCGAAACCUCCAAUGCCCUCUCUUACCUCCACAAAUCCGACAUCAUCCACCGAGACGUGAAAACCGACAACAUCCUCCUCGACGAAUCGUUCCGAGUGAAGGUUGCCGAUUUCGGGAUCUCGCGCCUCUUCCCCAACGACGUGACCCACGUCUCGACGGCCCCACAGGGGACACCGGGUUACGUGGAUCCAGAGUACCAUCAGUACUAUCAGCUUACUGACAAGAGUGAUGUGUACAGCUUUGGGGUUGUGUUGAUAGAGCUAAUAUCUUCGAUGCCAGCUGUCGAUAUCACGAGGCACAGGCACGACAUCAACCUUGCGAAUCUGGCGCUGAGUAGGAUACAGAGGUGUGCGUUUGACGAGCUGAUUGACCCAAAACUUGGGUAUGGGACGGAUGGUGAGGUGGCGAGGAUGACGAGGUCGGUGGCUGAGCUGGCGUUCAGGUGUCUUCAGCCGGAUAAGGAGAUGCGGCCGUGUAUGGAUGAGGUGGUUGGGUUUUUGAGGGAGGUGGCGAGUGGGGUUAGUUUGGGGAAGGUGCCGCUUUCGCCGGAAAGUGAUGAGUCUGUGUUGCUUAAGGAGAAGAAUUUGCGGGCUUCGCCGAAUGGGGUUAUCGAUGCUUGGGUGAGUAGCAGCUCCACCACUUCCACUUCUGUUUCUUGA